CGUACAGUUAAAGAAGGAACGUCGAGAUAAUUCCCGUCUUGCCGGGGACAGCCUCUGAAAUCUGAAUGUUAACGGGAAAAACAUCCACGUCAGUCGGAAGAUCCGUUCGUCGAGAAUCUUCGAAAAGGAGUCAGCUUUAGACGAGGAUCUCUCAGAAGCGGAGAAAGGAAAUGCAGGAUGAGAACGCAGAAUUGACCGGUCCAGGAGAAAAGUGAUUUUUUGCAUUCCCGGCAUCGAAAUCUCGUCUCUCUAUCUAUCUCUCUCUCUCUACAAGAGGUGACAAUCGCGAUCCUUCCGUCACGUCCUUCAGCAGAAGGUUCGAGGGUUCAGGAUCCACGGAUCGAUCUGGCAGCGUCAUGUCGGCGCUGAUGGCGAUGGACGGGAUGCCGCGCUAGCACGACGAUUGCCACGAGAGACCACUUCCGACUGCGUGUCGGUCUUCUUUAUCUCUCUCUAUCUCUCUCUCUCCCACCCUCGACGCGUCGUGGCGCAUAUGGCCGAUACCGCUUCAGCAAAGUUACAAGGCACGACAUAUAAUAUAUAUAUCUAUAUACAUAUCUAUAUAUAAAAGCCGAAUAUAUGUUCGUACGUAAUGAAUGAUUCGCUCCGAUCGCGGUCGGCUCGUCCUGCACGUCCUAAGGAUGACAGAUGCAGACCGAGACGACAAGAGAGCCGCGAAAGGGCGUGCGGUUACCAAGGAGAGGCCGCGUCCUCGAGUCCCCUGCGACAGGAUGACACGCGUACGAAGAAUAUUCGAUAUCCCUCGUCCUCCCGUUUCUUCCGGACGAGAGGAUGACGACGUACGAGCGAGGGUGUGGUUCCGUAUCCCGUGAGAGGAGAUCGAAAGACACGGCCUCGUGGCAGAGGAGGAAGCGGCCGGGUCGGUAUUUCUCUUUUUUUUUCGCGAUUUUCAACUCGACGAUUUCGAUCCUCGUUUACUCACCAUCGCUGAACUUUUCGUCCAGGUAAAUCUCUGCCGCAGCAAGGGCGACCACUAGGAGUACGACGAACGCACAGGGAGACCGCAUAUUCGGACGCCGACAGGACGACGUGAUCCCGAAGAGACGACAACGAAACAGGCACCUGCCACCACGACGAACUGGCCGAUAGUGUUCCCUCGGCGGACGUGGUUGGUUGCUUGGUAACGAAAAGGUAAACUCGCCGGAGAACGAGCUGAACAAUCUAUUUCGUGACUCACUUGAAAACAAAACCUCCUUUUUCUAAUUGGCGAAUAAUUGAAAUUUACAAGUGACACAGAAGUCAAGCCAGGAAUUCGCUGGCUAAAUUUAGCGACUGAACAUACAAAGCUGAAAAAAGAAAAAAAUGCUCUCCUCGAAAGCGAAUGCCGCGUUGGCACGUUUGAAAGAAAUCGAGGAAAAAUACAAAAUAAAACGUGACGAAUGGAAUCGUCAAAAAGAUACGGAUAGCUCGAUAAGUAGCGUCUCGAUAAUUCCUUCGGAAAUAAUCUCGACAGAAUCGAAGAAAUCGUCGAGGAAGCUUAAGCUCGACAUAAAGAUACCAGAUAUGCGAGUCAAAGGACGCGCGGAGGAAACGAAACUUUCAUCGGAGAGUAAAAAAUCAACGCCGGACAAGAUGAGUCCGGAACCUUUCAUCGAAGACGUCGACGAGGCCGAUCCUGAUGUCACGAUUCCGUCGAAAGACAAAUCGCAGCGUUCCGCAGGAAAGCAAGAAAGUCUCAUCUCGGACGUAACGAGUAUCCAAGAGAACAGCUCGAUCGAAAGCGUACUCGAUGACUCGAUGAUUUCGUCGAAAUCACUCUCACGCUCGAAAACGUCACGUGGAAACUCUUCCACGGCCAGCGAUAAAUCUUCCAGACGCGAAGAGAAGACAAGAACGACCGCGAAGCACGAAAAAGGAAGAGAAUCCGAUAUAUCAUCGGAUAAUUCUAGGAGAAAAGCGUCAUCUGGCAAUUCGUCGAUUGCAAAGCAAUCGAGAUUGCUCGAAAAAUCCAACGAGAAGACUUUGAAAGUGCGUUCUGCUGGCCCGAGAUCGAGAGAGCGUUCGAUUGAAGAAAAAGCGAAAAUACCGAAAGCGGCUAAUCGAAAUUCAGAUCGUUCAAGGUCUUUGCGCGAUGAUAGCGUUAUCGAGGAAUCGAUUGGCACAGUGGACAACGGCAGUGAAAUUAUUUCCGAACUUUCUCGCAUUAAGACAGGUACUAAAACCGACAAUUCUAUCAAAAAUUCCUCUAAAUAUUCGGCAACUGAAAACACUUCUGCGACGAUUUUGAGUCAGCUGGCAAUUGAAAGCGGAUACGCGAACGACACCUUCGAGGACGUUUCAAGCUCGACCAUGCAAUCACAAUCGCAGCGCGAAUGUAUAAUCGAUGAGAAGAAGAAAAUAGAUUUAACAGGAUCUAGUAUAAAGAAAAACGACACGGCGUUAUUCGAGCAAUAUCAUCAAAAUAACAAGAGCACCAGGGACAGACACGUUAUUGAAUUUAUGGAUUCCAAACCAAACGCAACCGAAGUUAAUUUAGAUCUAUCCAAUUAUGCCAAUGAUCUUGAGAGCAAGGUGAAUUCAGAUAACGUGAGCAUGCGCUUGAUUAAAUCGCCAAACUUCACCAGUUCGAAGAAACGCUAUCAACAACAUCGACCAGAUCCAUCAUUCAAAACGAACAUUCCAAGUGCCACAAGCUUCGAUGAAAACAUAUCUGAUUUUUCGGAGUCGUUGACCGGAGUCGGUGAUGUGAUGAAGACAGACGAGAAGAAAAACUCACCGGAGAUCAGGAUGACUUCUGUUCGGCAAGAAAGCGGGCAGGAAGAGCGCGGGAAAGCAUUGAAUAAAAUAAGAGAACGCGCAAUGAUAAAUAUCACUGGACCGCCUGCAGCAGAUGAGGAAGACAUAAUCAAAUCUAAUUUAUCGGAGAAAAUUAAAGCAAGAAAAGAAAACAUUUUCGAAGAAAGUUCGGGUCAACGCAUUUUCCAGGACGCCGAAGAAGAAGUGUUCAGAAAAUUGCACAAAGAUGCAUUUGAUGCGUCAAGAGACAUGCAUUUGGUCAAGAGACAUGCGAGCUCGAAAAACGCAAAAAAAGUGUCGAAAAAAUCUUCUGAGAGCGAAACCGAAUCUGAGAUUAAGGAGAUGAAAACAAGAGAAGAAAACGAAAAUCGUUCUUUAACGGAAAAUAAAAUAUAUGGUCACAAAUUUAACAGCCAGAAAAAGAAGAAAAGCAUUAAAGUUACAAAUUCGAAGUCACCGCAAGCUCGUAAUACCGGAAGUCGUAAGGAAGACAAAUCUUUAAGGUUUGAUGAGAAACAAAUGCACGGACUUCGGAAACGCAUUGUCGAACUGCGACUGCAACAGGAACGGGAAGAGCUCCAAAAAUAUCUUCAGGAACUAAAGAAUUCAAGACUGAAAUUGGAUUCUACUCAAAGCUAUUUCAGUCCCCUGGAAUUUCCGAAGAUCGCCGAAUUUAAGCCUCCUGACGUAAUCGACUUGGAAUCAAAGCUGGAUCAGCAUGUCGUGCUUCGGGAGAGAGUUUCGGCGAUCAGGCGAUGCUUAAAGGAUCAAUAUAUCUUGUAUCGUGACUACUGUACUAUGGCGCAAGCGAUCAAUGCCCACUAUGUUCCCACGACGUUGCAGGAUACCAAAAAGACAAUACGUGAGCUGCGGAAAAUGACAAUUAAAAACAGAUGACGUUGGCGCGCCUAUGUGAGAA